AUGGCGAAAACCAACGCACUACCACACAGUCACCACCACCGCCACCACCGCCGCCGCGCCCUCUCUCAACUGUCCCUUACUUCUCCCAUCACCCAUUACGAGGUAACGUUUGCUUUCUCUAAUCUCACGUUCUUUUUACGCUACCCAUUCGACUCACCGUUUGAAAAGUGUUUUAUUUCUCGCAUGGGUGGUUUUCCGGGAAUGAUUUCGGCGCCGAGAGUGUUCCCAGCAGCGGUGCCGAUGAACGCCGAGGAAGCAUUGCGGCGAGAGAUGGAGAGGGAGCAGAUACGGCGUGAGGUGGAGAAGGAGGAAAUAAGGAGAGAGAUUCUGGCCAAUGAGAUGGCACGGCGACGAGAACUGGAAGAGGAGGUCCGGAGGGAACUGGCGGCGGAGAGAGCGCUGAGAAUGCCAAUGCAUAGGUUUGAAGGAACGACGUUUCGCGAAGGAGUUUCAUUGUCUAUGAAUCCAAGAAUGAGACUGAAUAGCCCUGUCGAAAACAGCAACCUAUCUGGUGGACCACAACCCCAGUUCUCCCCCGAAGUUGAUAUAACACAACUUUAUAAGCAGACACAGAACCAAACACAAACGCCAAAUCAAACUCAGACUAAGGAGGAUAAAGUAAUCAAAUUGGCUAAGCCAAAUAUUGCUGCACUCUGUGCUGCGAAAUGCACAGAGGUGGUAGAUGUUGAUCUUGGUGAUGGGAAGCGCAAGGAGGUGCUAAAUGUUGAUUUUGAUGGUGCUAAGCGCAAAGCGGUCACAUCUUUUCCGAUUGAUAACCAACUUUUGGGAUCUAGUUUGCAAAAGAAACCCAAAAAAGAGUGGAGUUGUGCAUUAUGUCAAGUUUGUGCAACGAGUGAAAAAGGAUUGAAUGAUCAUCUUCAAGGAAAAAAGCACAAUGUGAAAUGUCGAAAAAUGGUUGUUGUUACCAUGACUUCUUCAGGGCUGGAUGCAAGACAAGACAGUGAAACAUUUAAAUCUGGCAUAAGUCCCGGAGACAAAGGCACGCUGGAACUCAGAAAAGAGGAACAACCAGCUGUACAGAAAAGUCAGGAUCUAGGUGGCAUAGACAAUGAAAAGGAAACAACUACUGAGAAAGAAGUUCAGGAAACAAAUGCACUGGCAACAAGGAAGAAGUUUAAAUUUUAUUGUGCAUUUUGUGAAGUUCAAACAUUCUCAGAAACUGUCAUGCAAAGUCAUAAAAAUGGAAAAAAGCACCUGGCUACUAUGAAGAAGUUUAACUCAAAUAAUGGUGCUGCAGAAAAAUCUGGGUGA